ACAAAGGGAAGCGAAGCCGGAGCUGUGGGCGCCCUCUCGGCCCGCGGUGUCUCAGAUUCAUUCUUAAGGAACUGAGAACUUAAUCUUCCAAAAUGUCAAAAAGACCAUCUUAUGCCCCACCUCCCACCCCAGCUCCUGCAACACAAAUGCCCAGCACACCAGGGUUUGUGGGAUACAAUCCAUACAGUCAUCUCGCCUACAACAACUACAGGCUGGGAGGGAACCCGGGCACCAACAGCCGGGUCAUGGCAUCCUCUGGUAUUACGAUUCCAAAGCCCCCAAAGCCACCAGAUAAGCCUCUGAUGCCCUACAUGAGGUACAGCAGAAAGGUCUGGGACCAAGUAAAGGCUUCCAACCCUGACCUAAAGCUGUGGGAGAUUGGCAAGAUUAUUGGUGGCAUGUGGCGAGAUCUCACUGAUGAAGAGAAACAGGAAUAUUUAAACGAAUACGAAGCAGAAAAGAUAGAGUACAAUGAAUCUAUGAAGGCCUAUCAUAAUUCCCCUGCAUAUCUUGCAUACAUCAACGCAAAAAGUCGUGCCGAAGCUGCAUUAGAGGAAGAAAGUCGACAGAGACAGUCUCGCAUGGAGAAAGGAGAACCCUACAUGAGCAUUCAACCUGCCGAGGAUCCAGAUGAUUAUGACGAUGGCUUUUCAAUGAAGCAUACAGCCACUGCCCGUUUCCAGAGAAACCACCGCCUCAUCAGUGAAAUCCUCAGUGAGAGUGUGGUGCCAGACGUGCGCUCAGUUGUCACAACAGCUAGAAUGCAGGUCCUCAAGCGGCAGGUCCAGUCUUUAAUGGUUCAUCAGCGAAAACUAGAAGCCGAACUUCUUCAAAUAGAGGAACGACAUCAGGAAAAGAAGAGGAAAUUCCUGGAAAGCACAGACUCCUUUAACAAUGAACUUAAAAGGCUAUGCGGCCUGAAGGUAGAAGUCGAUAUGGAAAAAAUUGCAGCUGAAAUUGUACAGGCAGAAGAACAGGCCCGCAAGAGGCAGGAGGAGCGGGAGAAGGAGGCGGCAGAGCAAGCCGAGCACAGUCAGAGCGCCGAGCACAGUCAGGGCAGCGUCGCCCCCAAGGAAGAGCAGGCCGCAAGCAAAGCCGAGGAGAAGGACGAGGAGAGCAUUCCCAUGGAGACAGAGGAGACGCACCUUGAAGAAACAACAGAGAGCCAACAGAAUGGUGAAGAGGGCACGUCUACCCCUGAGGACAAGGAGAGUGGGCAGGAGGGGGUGGACAGCAUGGCAGAGGAAGGGACCAGUGAUAGCAAUACUGGCUCGGAGAGCAACAGUGCUACAGUCGAGGAGCCCCCCACAGACGCCAUGCCAGAAGACGAGAAGAAGGAGUAAAUGUUGCCUUGUUUUAUGUGUCCUCGAUACUUUUUUAAAUGAAACAAAUGUUUUUUUGGUUUUAAUGGUGUUA